AUGGGGGUCAGCUGUUCGUGCUUCGAGCAAUUCUGGCCUCCUGGGCCGGGCGAAAGGAAAAUCAAAGCCAAUUCCGCCGGAUCGAGCUCAGAAUCAGAGGUGCUGGUCGUUGGUGCUGGGCUCGCAGGUUUGGCCUGCGCUUUGCGGCUGCAGGACUAUGGUGUCCGGGUGCGUGUGCUGGAAGCACGUGGCCUUGUCGGCGGCAGGGCAUCGCGAGGCGGUGCCGAUUGGGUGCAUGGGCAGCAUGUCACAACUUGGAAGUAUUUGAAGCGCUUCAACAUGCAAACGGACGGCUCAGCCAACGGUUGGGCAUCGAAUGUCCCAGGUGGGCCCGAGUGCUGGGUUUACGUCGACGGAAAGCUUCGUGGGCCCGACAAGGUACACACCGAACCGAACAGAUUAUUCUUUGACAGGUUUGCAGAGGCAGUUGAGGAGUGGAUUGAAGCCGGGCGCGAGGAUGUCAGCAUGCAGUCGCUUGCAGAUCGUGUUUUCGAACAUCCCCCAACAGAUGAUGAGCGGAGGCUCAUGGAAGGGAUGAUGGCCGAAUGGCAUGCAGCAGACCUCGCUGACGUGGGCGUCUAUGAGGAUGACCUGUACAGCGAUCGCAUAAAGGCACUUGCGAAAGCACGACCCAGCCUUCUGGAUGAAGAUGGAGACGAGGAGCACUGGAAGAUCGUGGGUGGGCAUCAAGGCUUGGCGGAAAAGAUGGCGAACGACUUAGACUUGAGUUUAUCGAUGGUCGUUCACAAGGUGAAGUGGGCCGGAGACAGGGUGUGCAUGGAGUGCCAGGGCUGCGAGACUUCUUUUGUAGCGCGUGCGGCUGUGAUCACCGUGCCGCUGGCGUGUAUUCCAGAUAUCACCUUCGAUCCCCAGCUGCCCGAGAGCAAGAGGCUGGCGGUGGAGCGGCUUGGCCGAGGGGUAACUACGACGGUCUAUCUGAACUUCAAAGAAAGCUUCUGGCCCGAACGUAUGGCGUUUCUCUUCCACUCUAUGUCUUCUCAGGUGUUUUGGCCCGGACGGAACAAAAGAGUCCUCACGGCUUACUUCGGAGGACGGACAGCUAACGAACAUCUCCUCGGCAUGAGUGAUGCAGAGAUGACCGCAGAAAUCCUGCGGCAGCUCAGUGUGAUCUUCGGCAAGCCCAUGUCGGAGCUGAAUGCUCUGUUCCUGAAGAGCGAAGUCCACCGAUGGGACAACGACCCCUUUGCAAAGAUGGCCUAUUCUUACUGCCCCGUCGGCACUGCGCACCUCCGCAGUGCCUUGGGGGAUGCUUGCGGAAAUCUUUUCUGGGCUGGGGAAGCCACCCACCCCACCAAGGGCAGCUUUGCACAUGGUGCGCUGGAAGAAGGCGAGCGCGCCGCGGAGGAGGCUGGGGAGCGGCCUGUCGAUUCUAGACUCCUUAGAUGCUCGGGUCCCCGUGUGUUUGAGAUUUCGGGGCGCGGUGCGACCCAGGCCCGCACCAUGCCCGAGGUUGGUAGCCAGUUGCAUGGGCACGUCUUCCGGGUUCUUUCCAGAAAGAGCCCAUUUGCGGACCCGGACGCCUUCGAGCCCGGGGCAGAGACCAUCAGCUACCUCAGAGACAGCUGCAAAGUCCUAGUUAUUGGAGCCGGCGGUCUUGGAUGCGAAAUCCUCAAGGACCUGGCCCUGUCAGGUUUCCCUGACAUCCAUGUCAUAGAUAUGGACACAAUUGACGUCACCAAUCUGAACAGACAAUUUCUCUUUCGUCAGGCGGAUGUGGGCAAGCCGAAAGCUGAAGUCGCAGCAGCCUUCAUCAACCGACGACUCGGGCACAUUGGGACGAAGGUCACGCCGCACGUCGGGAAAAUCCAGGAUUUUGACGAGACCUUCUAUAGGAAGUUUAACCUGCUCAUUGCCGGGCUGGACAACAUCGCGGCUAGAAGGUGGAUGAAUGCGACACUGCAUGACAUGAUCGACCGCACCUCUGGCGAGCCGGAUCCAAGCACCAUCAUUCCUCUUAUUGAUGGUGGCACAGAGGGCUUCAAGGGCCAGGCUCGAGUCAUCAUUCCCUCGAUGACGUCCUGCUUCGACUGCUCUCUGGACGCAUUUCCUCCGCAGGUGAACUACCCGCUCUGCACCAUCGCCGAGACGCCUCGACUGCCGGAACAUUGCAUCGAGUAUGCGCUGGUGGUAAUGUGGGAGCAGCGCUUCCCCGGGCAGAAGAUGAACACGGACUCUGUAGCUGACAUGCAAUGGAUCUACGAGACAGCCAAGGAUCGAGCUGAAACAUUCGGCAUUCAGGGAGUCACCUACCAGUUGACGAUGGGAGUGGUGAAGCGAAUCAUUCCGGCAAUUGCGUCAACCAACGCACUAAUCUCUGCGGCGCUUGUGGCAGAGGCAUUGAAGGUGUCAACCUAUUGCGGUCCUGUCCUGAACAACUACAUGAUGUAUAUGGGGCAGACUGGCGUUUACACUCAUACCUUCCCAUACGAAAAGAAGGACGAUUGCAUGGUUUGCGGAGGCGCGACACUCACCUUGACAAGGCCUCGAACCUCGACACUGCAGGAGUUGCUCGACCACCUCGGGGCGAGUCCAAGCUACCAGCUGUCGAGGCCCUCGGUGUCGAGUACGAGUGGCAUCGUCUUCAUGCAGAACCCUAAGCCCAUCCGCCAGCAGCAUGAGUACAAGCUCAAGAUGACGCUGGAAGAGCUAACGAAGGCAGAUCCGCCGGUGUUCGCACAAGGCGAAGACCUCACCGUCACCGAUCCAAUGUUGCCUACGAAGCUGACUCUGCGGGUGUUCCUUUCUGGCGACUGA